GUUGUGGUGCAGAGGCACGCAGCGUAACAAAAUCGCGGUUCCCUAUAGAGGCAACAGUUUUGGGCGCGACGCGAUACGUUUACCUUCUCUCCCUCUCCGUCGAAGAAUGCCGCGCAGAGGAGGCGGUUCCCAGCGGAAGAAGCAACCCUCAGCUUCAAACUCAACCUCAACCUCAGCGUCUCAAACGGGGAAGGUUUCAGAAAAUCAAACCGGAGCACAGCAAAACUCAGAAGGUCGAAACAAAUUUCAAUCAGCUAGCGACAAUGGAACGCUGACCGAAAUAUCUCGGGAGGCUGUCGGAAAGCUUUUAUGCCGUGCUAAUAAAGUUGGCACCUCCAAGGAAAAGAAGAAGCCUGAGUUUGAGCCAGAACAGAAAGGAAUGCGAGUCUUGGAUCCAGUUCUCCAACAGAAGACUUCAGAAAUUGGACAUUGUAGUAGAAAUUCCAUGGAAAAUGCUUUUGCAGAGGAGAAAUGUGGUAAUUCAGGCCAGGACAACUUGGAUAACAAAGAAGAACUGGAUGACUCAGAUUGGGAAGAUGGUACAGUUGCCAGGGAUGAUCGUCAUGUCACAAUUGAAUUGAAUAUGACCCCUCAUUCAACUGUGCAGAAACAAAUUCGUCGAGCUUCUGCUGAAGAUAAGGACUUGGCUGAACUUGUACACAAAGUUCACUUGCUUUGUUUACUAGCUCGAGGAAGAUUAAUAGACAAUGCUUGUGAUGAUCCCCUUAUUCAGGCUUCUUUGCUUUCACUUGUUCCAGCACACUUGCUCCAGCUAUCAAAUGUUACAAAACUCACUUCAAAAGCUCUUUAUCCUUUAAUAUCAUGGUUCCACAAUAAUUUCCAUGUUAAAAACUGUACGAAUAGAGAAAUUUCACCAUGCUUUGGUUUGGCAUCAGCUUUAGAAUCACAUGAGGGCAGUUCUGAAGAGAUUGCAGCAUUAUCAGUGGCUCUAUUAAGAGCUUUAAAUCUUACUACCAGGUUUGUGUCCAUUUUGGAUGUUGCCCCUCUGAAACCAAUUCAAGUUGCAAGUGGAUCUCGCAAUGGGGUAUUUAAGACUUCUACACUGAUGAUAUCUAAGCGCAAAUUGGACUUUAAGCCACCUCAAGAAUCAUUAUCUUUUAGUGAGAGACAAAGUGUCUGUGAAAGUUCUCUUGUCCAUUCACAGAAAAGUAAGAAAUGUCGUGUGACAAAUCACAUGGAUCAGUGUAGUGAUCCUUCUGUUGUUGAUAGUGUUGCAAUCUCAAAAGAUUCUGAGACACAAGACGGUAAUCUGGAAUCAUGUAUCACUGACAAAUCUCAUAAAUCAAAGAGGAAAGGGGAUCUUGAAUUUGAGAUGCAGUUGGAAAUGGCUCUCUCUGCUACAGCAGUUGGAUGUCAGGAGAGUAAAAACGAGUUAGGUGCAAAUCCUGAUUCAUCGAGUUUUUCUUGUCCAUCAAAAAGAAUGAAAAGGGUUAUUGGCGAAGAAUCUUUGACUUCCCCACAAGUGAUUUCUACAGCAAUUGGGUCAAUGAAAGUAGGAUCACCUCUGUAUUGGGCAGAAGUAUAUUGCAGUGAAGAAAAUUUGACAGGAAAGUGGGUGCAUGUUGAUGCUGUGAAUUUGAUUAUUGAUGGAGAAGACAAGGUUGAAGCCAUGGUAGCUGCAUGCAAAACAUCUUUGAGAUAUGUUGUCGCAUUUGCUGGGCAAGGGGCCAAAGAUGUGACCCGCAGGUACUGUAUGAAGUGGUACAAGAUAGCAUCACAUCGGGUUAAUUCAUCAUGGUGGGAUUCAGUGCUGGCACCAUUGAGAGACUUAGAGUCUGGGGCAACUGGAGGUGUGUCUCAUUUAAGAACAAACCAAAGAAUUUCUUCAGAAUCCAACAUGAGUGAUUCUUUUGUCCCUACAAGGAGCUCCGUUGAGGAUAUUGAGUUGGAAACCAGGGCAUUAACUGAACCUCUUCCAACCAAUCAGCAGGCCUACAAAAGUCAUCCACUUUAUGCCAUAGAAAAAUGGCUUACAAAGUAUCAAGUACUUCAUCCACAGGGUCCAAUUCUGGGCUUUUGUUCAGGUCACCCAGUGUACCCUAGAACUUGUGUGCAAACAGUUAAGACAAAAGAGAGAUGGCUGCGGGAAGGUCUGCAAGUUAAACUGAAUGAACAUCCUGUGAAGGAGCUUCAACGUUCCAUAAAGCCUCAAAAAAUACAAGAUUCGGAACCUGAUGACUAUGGCUGCACUGAUUCUAUGGGGAAAAUUAAAUUUUAUGGGAAGUGGCAACUGGAACCAUUAAAUCUGCCUCAUCCCGUGAAUGGAAUAGUUCCCAAGAAUGAACGAGGUCAGGUAGACGUUUGGUCUGAGAAAUGUCUUCCGCCAGGGACUGUACACUUAAGGUUUCCAAAGGCAUUUUCUGUUGCGAAGAGGCUUGAAAUUGAUUAUGCGCCUGCUAUGGUUGGUUUUGAAUUUAAAAAUGGCCGUUCAUAUCCUGUCUUUGAUGGUAUAGUGGUGUGUACUGAGUUCAAGGAUGUACUGCUCGAGGCACAUGCAGAAGAAGAUGAAAGGCGACAGGCUGAAGAAAAGAAAAGGGAUGAAACACAGGCUCUUAGUCGGUGGUACCAGCUUCUUUCUUCUAUUGUAACUCGUCAAAGGUUAAAUAAUCGUUAUAUCAAUAACGGUUUGUCUUCAGAGAUACCAACUGUUGUUUCAUGCAUGAAUAAGGAUGAGUCCAGUGCCACAGUUUGUGAUAGUAAUGACAAGAAUCAGAACCAAAGACACCGACAGGUGGACAAAUGUGAUGCUAAUCUUGAUCCUUCAUUAAGGACGCCGGUAAAAGAUCAUGAACAUGUGUUUUUGAAAGAGUUAGAGAGCUUUGAUGAGGCAACAUCUCUGUUGACGAAGCGAUGUCAAUGUGGAUUUUCAGUCCAAGUAGAAGUAUUAUAAUAUUCAACUAUUCAUUAGAAAAAACUUUCCCCCUUAGAUGCCUAACUGUCCAUGAUGCUUCGAUGUUGGAUCAAUGCAUGACAUUGUGUUUUCCCAGUUUUGUAAUUCCUGGGGUUCAUGUCAUUGCUUUUAGUGAAUUGGCUUAUUGUAUAGUCGACUUGACAUCUUCGCUAUAUGAUAUAUGCUUGACUAAUUUGUUAAUGAAAAACUUUUUUUUUUCUGUU